UCUCUGUGACUGGCUGGGGUGUAGUACGUUGGGGACAGGCGGAGUGUGUGCACAGCAUUCGGAAUUAGAUCUAAAACACAAUCUCAACUCAAUUAAUUUAAGCAGCUGAAUGCCGCGGAAAUGCCAAACAAAUGAUAACGAUAAAGAUAUAGUAGUAAAGAUAAAGAUAUAGAGAAACGAUCUACAUACAAAGCGCACGCGUUUAAAGUAAAUGCUUCCCAGAGCAGCUUAAAUUUCAACGCCCAACACAUCGAACUGUGGAAAGAUCAACUGAAAUUACGAAUAAUUAAACCGAGAAAAGCGAACGAAACAAAUAAGAAAAAAAAUAACAACAAAUUGAAGAAAAAAACAACAGCUAACAAAAUGCCUAUCGUUGGACAGCAAUAUGGCAAUGGCUUUCGGCCAUAUAGCUCCUUUCGAGUGCCGCGCGGCAGUUGCAGCAACAACAAUAGUCCCAAUGGCCAAGUGGCAGGAUCUGUGGGCUCCUCCCAGCCACUAAGCAGCAAUGGAGCCAACAUUAACACACGUGUAAUGGUGAAAUCAGCGCCAGGUGCUGGAGCACCAGCAGGGCCAAAUAGGAGCAAAAACACAGCAGCCUCAUCCUCGUCCUCAUCAUCCUCGAUUCACCAGCAGGGAGUGGCAGCCGCCCCAGCCAGCGGUGGGGGCAACUUCGUACGCCAACAGCCAUGGCGCAGCAGCUACUGCAGCAUCAGCAACAACCGCCACAAAGUGCAGCAGGAGGGGAGCUGCUCUAAUCCCAGUCCCCACCAGCAAAGAUUGGGAGUGAACAGCAGCACAUUCAAACCGCUGACACCGAAACUCAUUCGGAGAAUUGAAACCACCUGCUCGUCCGCCACGUUGCGGCAUGGCAAGGCGAGGGCACCACAGCCACCGAGCAGCGCCCAGCAGCUGCCACCGCCACCACGUCCUGGACCCACGCCCAGCACUGCCAGAAAACAGUAUCAGUCAGCAGCAGUUCCCAGCCAGAUGGGGACACCCACGAGCCAGAAGCGCACCCACCAGACGGCGGGCAAAUCCGCCAAGGAGAACUGCCCAGGGGCGCGCCUCACGCAGCGCUCCAGCAAAAACUAUCCGGCACCGCAGCCACCGACAGCCACAGCCACAGCCGGGCGCAGCAGGCAAACCACCAAUGAUCUCACAGCAGGACGAGGAGCAGGAGGAGUCGUUGCCACUCCUCUGUCACAGCGUAGGCAGCUGCCGGCCACGCCCAAGCUGAGCUUCAAGCAGCGUAAUGGGUGCACCACCACCAGCAAUGGUGCUGGCGGCGGGAGCUCCUCGACCGGCUCCAGCGACUCCCACGACUCGCCGCGACUGAAGAAGGCCUUUUCGAACAAGUUCCCCCAGGGCCUGCCCUUCGAAGAGGAGUUCUAUGGCAGCAAUCGCAAUCGCUCCUACUCGCAAUCCUCCAGCAAUUAUAGUUUCUACAGCUCUGUGGGCGCUGCCACCACGCCGCACGACGAUGAUGACGACUACGGCGACGGAUACGAGGAUGUGGAGGACAUUCAUGCCGACGAGUUCCAGCGCAAGCCUGCCACCGAUGAGUCGCUCUACGUGGACUUCUCCAAACUGGUUCAGAGCCGCCAGCAGCGGCAGUAUGUGCCAGCCAGCUCCUGGAUCCGGGCAUCGCCCGAGCACAGCAGCAGCAGCUGUAAGCUGACUCCCGCCCAGCAGAGGCGCAAGAGCACCAAGUACGCCCGCUCCAUGCACGAGUAUCUCUACAGUGAUGACCACCAGAGCGUGGCCCAGUCAAAGCAUCGCCUUUCGGUGGUGGACGAGCCCGAGGAUGGGUACUACAGCUAUGCGGCGGGCACUCCCGAACCCGAGACGACGAGUCCAUCCACUCCCCGGACGGACAUCUAUGUGGCAGCUGCCUCGUGGGCUCCCAAGCCGCUCUAUCCCGACCGCGUGCUGUUGCCAUCGUCAGAUGGGAAACAACAACAAUCACAGAAACACAUGCCACAACAAGCAGCAGCAGCCACAGCAACAACAGCAGCGCCGUCGGUCCGAGCACUUGGGGUCCACGACGUGUGA